AUGAGUGAGAACCCUAAUUGCAGUGUUUAUGUGGGAAAUUUAGAUGAAAGAGUAGGCGAUCGCGUGCUAUAUAAUAUUCUAAUUCAAGCAGGUCAUGUUAUUAACUUGUACAUUCCUCAUGAUAGGAAAACUGAUAAACCUAAAGGUUUUGCCUUCGUUAAAUAUGAGACAGAAGAAAUUGCAAAUUAUGCUGUGAAGCUUUUUUCUGGUUUGGUAACGCUCUACAAUAGAACAUUAAUAUUUUCUAUUUCUGGGCAACACAAGCCCUCAAAUAACUUAAGUAUUCUCUCUAGGUCAAGGCCUCAUCUUGCAGUACCUUAUAAUAAUGAUAAGGGAUUUUCAGCAAAUACUGUGAGGUUGUCAACUUCAUGCCGAUCAGAUUAUGAUGGCAAUAAUUAUGAUUACGGUCGAAGAGUGUUUGGGGUUGCUUCGGAUAAUAUAGAUUUGAACUCGUGGAGUUAUAGGGCGCACUCUAGGUUGGGCCAAUAUAAUACCCGUGUGUAA